AUGAGGGCCAUUAAACACAGAGAAUUCUUCACCGUGACUGCGUAUCUCGGCCUCCACAUCCUGCCCAACGCACCCUUCCAGCUUAAACCUUCUCCUGGGAAAGGUUGGGGGGCGUUUGCAACAAGGGAAAUCAAGAUCGGUGAGCUGAUUCUCGCGGAGAAGCCAAUUUGCGCAGCUUCAACGUAUUAUGGCAGGCUACUGCCGCAGGAACUCCAAAAAGCGAUAGACAGCAUCACAGAUGCCGAUAUGGCUCAACUCUCCCUUCUCCGAGACAACACCGGCAAGCCGUUCAUGGCACCACAAGAGGCCUUCAUGAAGAACAGCUUUGGUACAGGGACCAUGGGUAACCUCACCUUGGGACUGUACCUUCUUCAGCCACGAUUUAACCAUUCCUGUGUGCCCAAUGCCAUCCAGUGCCCUGGCGAAGACACGACCAUUUCCCGUUAUGCAUGCAAGGAUAUUGCCCCCGGAGAAGAGAGUAUAUUCUGUUACGACCCCAGCUUGCACAGCUUGACAAAGACUGAGCGCCACGAAAGACUCGGGUUCAUCUGCAAAUGUACGUGCCGCGAACUUGCUCCGCCGUUGCAGCAGGUCAGUAAUUUACGACGAAGACUUUACCGGGGAUUGCGUUAUCUCAGCCAGGGCAAAGACAUUGACGGGCCAACGCACAUGAAUAGCCGACGGCUGAUCACCAACCUGGCCCUGAAGAAGGCCGCCGAAAACUUCGAACUUCCCAUCUCUGAGCUAUUCUACUACAGUACAUUGGCAGCCGUUGUAGCAGAGGAAGAAGGAAUACUGGACUAUACCUUGGCAGAAUCUAUCAAGGAAGAGUUGUCCCGCUAUGUCAUUGCGUUUAUGACACCGCGUAACAUGAAAGUUGCCAAGUUGGCGAUGAUGAAGACAACGUGGAUUGUGAAAUUGGAACUGGCAGUGUCCAUUAGGGGUCAACGUGAUGAGUUUGAUGCCAUGUACACCAUGGUUCGGAAGGGUUUGGCCCGAUCUUGA